CAAGGACCGAUCCAUGAGAUCUCUGCCAUACCUCAACUACAUUCCCGUAUUACUUCAAAGAUACACGGAUAAUUUGCUAGGACGGACUUUUCUUAAAAAAAUGUCCAAAAUAUGUGGUGGUUGUACAUAGAAGGUGACAUUUUUUUGAAGAAAACAGGGGUGAUCAAAAAACGGGAGUGUCAAUGUGGACGAAUAAGAACUUUGGUUGUUUAGUGGCGAACAGGUAGUGAGAAAGUGAUAAAUAAACAUUCUUAACAAAUUCUUAAUUAGUUUUUAGUAUAAAAUAAAAGGAAUAAAUCUGAAGGCUCGUGUGGUAAAUACAAUAAAUUAUUUUCUUACAUAAUUAUUUUUUUUUCGAGAAAGGAAAUCUCUUCCGCAUAACAGGUCAAAAAUGAUAAGGCUGAAAUAAUUUGCGAUUGUUUGAAAGCAAUAUUUGCAUAAUCAGGUAGUAGGUAUCUUCAAGUGUUGCGUGUAAACAAAUUUUGUAAAUACUUGAUUUAGAUAAUUAGUUCUACCUCGUUGUUUUCAUAAUCGGUCAUUCACUCCACGGAGUAAAAAUAAACUGGCUAGUGAUAUCAUUCAACUCAUAAGUAAUUUCUGCCUUUUAAUUCUUUUUUAAUCACAUGGGAAUAAUUCAGGUGGUCGUGAUGUGCCUUUUUCUUUUUCGAUAGAGUUUCUUCUUUCUUUUCGCGGAGCUGAUAAGUGGAUUUCUUUUUGAUAAUGCGGCAGUGUUUGGCACUUUUCGGCGGUUAUUAACCUCAAGUUCAUUGGCUCCGAUGUGAACCGCGCCUCCAAAAGAUCACUUCCAAAACGUAAGGGCAAAAAAAUUCUCUACUGUGUACGUACGUAUGUACAGGUCGGGUGAUAUGUAUGAUACCUACAUGGUUUUUCGUGAUAGUGUGGAUGCAGAAACUUGACAUUUCCGGGUUCAUUGCAAAGUUUAUGAAGUUAUUUAUGCACAAUUUGCUUAAAGCCCAAAUUGAGAUAAUUCCCUGCAAAGUAUGUGGGGAUAAGAGCAGCGGCGUGCAUUACGGGGUGAUCACCUGCGAGGGAUGCAAAGGAUUUUUUCGGAGGUCCCAGAGUUCGGUGGUGAACUACCAAUGUCCGAGAAACAAGAAUUGCGUAGUCGAUCGAGUAAAUCGCAACAGAUGUCAGUAUUGUCGCUUACAGAAAUGUUUGCGAUUGGGCAUGAGUCGGGAUGCGGUAAAGUUUGGUAGGAUGUCGAAGAAGCAACGGGAAAAAGUAGAAGACGAAGUCAGGUUCCACCGAGCUCAACUGAGAGCGCAAAGCGAUUCUGCGCCUGACAGUUCAGUUUUUGACCCUCCCUCACAGUCCACUGGGGAUCAACUCCAUUAUAACAAUGGAUAUCCCUACAGCAACAGUGAUGUGGGUGCCUAUACGCCGUACUACACGGGCCAGACACAAGUCCAGCCUAACAGUAUAGGUUACGAUAUAUCCGCGGACUACGUGGAUAGCACCACUGCCUAUGAUCCUAGGCCAGGCCUGGAUCCUCUCAAUGAUAACACCAGCCUAAUGACGAGUAUGGUCACUGCAGGCAAUACUAACACUAAUGGUGGAGGGACCGGUGGCGGGGGAGGCGGUGGAGGUGGAGGUGGCGGCGGCGGUAAUAAACAAACGUUAACGAUAAGCGACAACCGCACUUUCAAACGAGUAACUCAAACUUCGAGUACCACUCUGUCGGGUGGUACGAUGGUGUCCGUGAAGCAAGAAGGGAACGUCGAAGCACUUGUACCCUCUUAUGUAGAUAGUACGACUUUCGUUAACUCGCCCAACGUACAACAGGGUAGUACGGCCAGACAGACGUUGGUGACGCAAGGUAUCCAGCAGAGAAGCGGCGAUGAUUGUGAGUCUGUUACUUUGCCCAACCCAAGUCAGAUAUCAGAACUGCUAUCGAAAACUAUAUCCGACGCACACACUCGAACAUGUUUAUACACGUUGGAGCACAUCCACGAGAUGUUCCGAAAACCUCACGAUCUCUCACGACUGUUAUUUUAUAAGAACAUGGCGCACGAAGAAUUGUGGCUCGAAUGUGCACAGAAACUCACAACAAUCAUCCAACAAAUUAUCGAGUUUGCUAAAAUGGUACCUGGAUUCAUGAAAUUAUCGCAAGACGAUCAAAUUGUUUUACUAAAAGCAGGGAGUUUUGAGUUAGCAAUAAUCCGGAUGUCGAGAUAUUUGGAUCUCUCCCAAAAUUGUGUUUUAUACGGAGACACCAUGCUCCCACAAGAUGCCUUUUUCACUUCGGAUACCGCAGAAAUGAAGUUAGUGACGUGUGUAUUUGAAGUUGCAAAAAGCAUAGCGGAGUUGAAGUUGACGGAAACGGAGUUGGCACUCUACUCUGCUUGUGUUCUUCUGUCUCCAGAUCGACCAGGACUGAAAGGAGUAGGGGAGAUCGGACGACUAAGCCAAGCUGUCGUAAGAGCUCUCAGACUGGAACUUGAAAGGAAUCAUAGCCUACCCAUCAAAGGCGAUGUUACUGUCUGUGACGCGUUGUUAACAAAAAUUCCAACACUAAGGGAAAUAAGUAUGCUCCAUAUGGAUGCGUUAGGAAAACUAAAAAGAUCGGCGCCACAUUUGGAGUUCCCAGCGUUACACAAGGAGUUGUUCAGUGUUGACAGUUGAAGCUGAAACUUCUCCAGAACUGUCUUUGGGGCAGCAUAGGGUAGCUAUUAUUCCUUCUAACUGAAUGUAUCGGCCUUAAUACAUAAAUAAUAUUAAAAUAUAAUUUCGUUAUUACAAGUAAAAAUUUAUUGUUGUGACAUAGAAAUUUAACAAAUAAACGCAGAUCUCUAAAGAUUCGUUUGAAAAACCGCGAAAUACGAUGCUAACCAGGCCCUGAUUUAAAAGUACAACUUAUUCUUUGAUAUUUGUUGUUACAUUCCGGUACCCCCAAAAAACGAUUUCAUCCAAUAACCUUUUGGUUCAUUAGGAAGUGACACAGAAAACACAAUCCAACAUUAUGAAUUAAGAUAAGUUGGUUUAGAAGUCAAUUUUGGUUGCCUUAAUUGGUAAGUAAUAACAUGGAAUUUUUGUAAUGUGCAGAAACCAGCAGUGAAAGCAAAAUGAGGUAUACCUUCGAUUAUAUAGGUUUGUUCCAACACACGAUUUUUGUACGUUUCAGAAAUCAUCACCAAACCGCCUGUACCGUUUUUUGGAGCAUGUUCAUCAUUUGCACCGUCCGGUGACGGUAACUCGAAAACCGAUCCUAGUGCGCAGGUCACCCCAACCCGUACUUGCAUUUAUCCGUGUACUGAAAUGAUCGUCACGAAACUGUCACUGGACUACUGGACGAUCACAAUUUUUGUUGGAAAAAUCGGAAGGACGAUGUGAUGAACUGUUUGUUGGAACGUGUUUUGUUUACUGCGCAGGAGCGUGAUCGUUUCAUGACGGUUUUUCAUUUGUUUGGAACAAACUUUAUAAUACUAGUAAUUUUGCCCGUCGCCAUGCGAUGACAGGGAUCCAAUCAAUUGCCAUCCAUUUUUUUCCUGACUCCCUCCCUGUUAUGUAUUCCCGGUUGUGUUAUAUGGAAUGGAGGCGUACACAAUGAUCUCAACAUUACUGAAAAAAGUAGUGGCAUUCGAAAUGUGGGCUUACCGACGUAUAUUACGUAUAUCCUGGACGUGGCCAACGAGGAGGUAUUAGGUACGCCGGAUAGGUAAAGAGAGAUAAAAGGAGAAUUAGACUUGCAUGGGCGACAUUACAUGGACGACAUAAGCGCCACACAGUUUGGAUUCAGAAGUGGACUGGGAACACGGGAAGCUUUGUUUGGUCUGAGUGUGUUAAUGCAAAGAUGUUUGGAUGUAAACCAAGACUUCUACCUAGGUUUCAUAUAUUUUGAGAAGGCCUUCGAUAAAUCAGACACCAAAAGCUGUAUGAAAUCCUAAGAAGCAAAAACAUCGACAGUCGCGACAUUAACAUCAUAUCCAGGUUGUAAUGGGGACAAACAGCAAAAAUCAAGGUUGAUAAUGAGUUAACCGAAGAAAUUGAGAUUCGUCGAGGUGUGCGUCAGGGUUGUGUGCUUUCUCCACUACUAUUCAAUAUAUAUAGCAAAACAAUAUGUCAGGAAGCGCUCCUAGAGCAAAACAUUGGUAUGAACAUUAACGGAGAGUUAAUUAACAAUAUACGAUACGCUGAUGACACGCUAAUAGUAACAGAUAACCAAAUUUACAGUAUUUGAUGGAAAACAUAAACACUCAUACCAAUAAGUAUGGUCUAAAACUGAACAUCAAAAAGACUAAAUUUAUGAUUGUAACAAAGAAGCUAUACACCAAUGUGAAUUUAACCAUAAAUAAUCAGCCAGUUGAAAGAGUUACGUCCUUCAAAUAUUUAGGGGUUUGCUUCACUGAUACUAAUGACCAGACAAGAGAAAUCAAGAGGCGAAUAGAGAUAGCGAGACAAUCGUUUGUCAAAAUGAAAAAGUUCCUAUGCAGCCGGGAUAUAAAUAUAAACUUAAGAACGAGAAUGUUAAGGUGCUAUGUUUUCUCCGUUUUGCUGUACGGCAUGGAAGCUUGGACACUGAAAAAUAUAAACAUCAAAAACAUUGAUGCAUUCGAGAUGUGGUGCUACAGGAGAAUGUGGAAAAUACCAUGGACAGAAAGACAGAAGACAGAAAAGGAAGGAAUACGAAGUCAUAAAAACCAUACAAACGAAAAAACUGGAAUAUCUAGGACACAUAAUGUGAGAAGAAAAGUACUCUCUGCUAAGGCUCAUAAUCCAAGGAAAAAUCUCGGGAAAGAGAAAUGUGGGACGUAGGAGGAUUUCCUGGUUGCGAAAUUUAAGGGAGUGGUAUGGGUGCAGUUCAAUACAGUUGUUCAGAACUGCAGCCAACAAAGUUAAGAUUACUGUGAUGGUAGCCAACCUCCGAUAGGAGACGGUACUGCCAGAAGAAGAAGGGCGACAUUCGAGAAAAUUAGCUAUAUCCUGAAAAACUAGAAAUAUGCCCAAUACCUCCGCACAAAAGUAUAUAAUCAAUUUGUUCUACCUGUACUUAUAUAUGCGGCACAGACAUGGACCUUCACAAAGGAAAAUAUGGAAAAGAUGGCCAAGACUCAAAGGGCAAUGGAAAUAUAGAUGCUGGGUAUCAAGCUAAGUGAUAAAAAGAAAAAUACAUGGAUCAGAAAUAAAACCAAACUGAAGGACGUAAACAAACAUGCAACUACUCUCAAAUGGAAAUUUGCAGGACACAACAUCAGACAAAGAGACGGAAGAUGGAAUGAAGCGAUAACUCACUGAAGACCUUGGGACUACAAAAGAGGAAGGGGCAGACCACAGAUGGGAUGGUUGAAUGACCUAAAAAGACACAGCAGGGACCAGAUGGACAGCAUUAGCACUGAACCGAGAAGAGUGUAAAGAUAAGGAGGAGGCCUAUGUUCAACUUUGGACAAAUGAAGGGCAAUAGAUAGGUAAAGAGAGAGGUAGGAAUAACUAUAAAGAAAAGAAAGUUGGAAUAAUUUGGUCACGGUAUGAGGCACAAUAAAUUUAGAGUACUACAGCUAUCAUCCAAGGGAAAAUAGAUAGCAGAAGGGGUCCAGAGAGGAGGAAACACUCGUGGCUCCAAAACUUGCGGCAAUGGUUCGGAUUGUCAUCUGCCGAACUAUUCAGAUCUGUCGUAAACAAAAACAGAAUAGCGAUGUUAAUUGCCAACGUUCAGAACGGAUAAGGCACAUGAAGCAGUUAAGAUUCGUGAGAAAUCUGAGUACUUUCUGCGCAUAAACAGCCAACUACAGCCUACAUUUUAGUAUGGUAGUCGUAAAUAAUAAAGCUCUAAGCGCUACAGAAGAAGGUCACAUUAGUAUGAAAAUUUAAAAGACUGAUUUUAAAAGACGUGUGGAAAAAUGGAAAAGUCAAAUUGAAGACAACUACUAGCUAUAAAAGGAGCUUCUUCUAAGUUCUUAGAUACGUGCAAUUUGUUUUUUGGGGAAUCACCGGUUAAUGUACCUUCCAGAAUGUGAAAAUUCUGAACCUAGGUGCUCAUUGAUUUUGAUGAAAGAAAUUUUGCGGUUUUUUAAAUCAAAAGCGCAUUUACAUAAUAUCUGCCACUUUAACAUAACACGCUAUUCUACACAUAUAAGGUUUAAACUUAUACACUAUUGAUACCUAUAUAACGUUUUGGCCACCCUGUUAUUAAAUAGUAAGGACUUAUUUUAGUUUUUAAAACAUAGUGUUUAGACUGCGUUUAUAUACGUAAUGUACACAUUAGAAUAUUUGCCACCAGUCACCCGUCAAAAACUUAAAUAUAUAUCAAAGUCUGAUAUAGUAAGGUAUGGUCAAGUAUUAUUAAAAAUUGUAUGUCUAAUAAUAGGCGCAAAUAAUCAUUUAGUUCUGUGGAUAGGACGUUGAUUCAUACUAUUAUCCAAACAAAAUUAAAACUACUGCACAGCACAUUCAUUGUAAUGCCAGCCACUCACUAUCAGGUACAUCUGACAGAUACACCUGAACAGUUACACCUGCCAGGUGUACCUGAUAGUGUGUGGAAGGAAAUAAACUCUUUAGGUCGCCUGAGGGGCUAGUUAUUCCUGUCACACACUAUCAGGUAGACCUGACAGGUCUAACUGUUCAGGUGUACCUGUUCGGUACGUGAUCGGAGGCAUAAAUCUUAUAUGUACCACGCUUAGAACAUAAAGAACUACAGUAAGCGCUAACCUACUAAACAGCUACAUAAGAACAUUGAGCGAUUACAGUCCUGGACACUUCACUUGUUGCAAUGUUUAUUUUUUAUGUCUAGUGACGUUUAUAACGUCAGAAAAUGUAUACAAACUGAACAUUAACAUAGAAAGUUGACAAAUAUAAUAAUAGAUCAGCUGUAUUAAAUACAGCUAAUCUAAUUUGACGUUUAUAGUUGUCAUUGUAUUAAAGUUGUAAAAGUUUUAAAGUAUUGUAAUAUUCUUGGUGUUUGAAUAAAGUUAUUUUAAAGCAGAGUAAUAAUACUAUUAAAAUUAAUGUAUUUUUUAUAUGGAAAAACAAUUAUUUUGAAUAGUUUCUUGACAGUAACAUGACAGGGAUAAAAGUCACAUCUGAGAGCGGACCGGAUUAGCCCAUAGCCAUAGGUGACCAUAGCAAUUAGGUACCUACCCAUGUGUCUAGUACGGUGGCUCUUACUGUAUGUUGUAACGUACCACGUGUACGGUUGGAUUUCUAAGUUAUAGGCAGCCAUCAUUACACUAAUUGAAUAAUUAGUCACCUGAUCCAUAAGCAAUCAACAUUACAUUAUUUCUUAUCAAAUAUUGUAGGGGUUUGUAUGUUUUUCAAACAUAAAUGUAUUCUUCCAUUCUCAGGACCGUAAGACCUACCCCAAAUAAUAAAUUAUGAAUACCUUUUAUUACAUUUGUUUUUGUAUUUCGAAGUUUCUAUACAUUUAUGAAUAUAUAUUUGUUUAAAAGUGACUAUUGAAUACCUUCUACAGCAUGCGAUAAGAUCAGAUACUUUUUGUUAUAGAAAUCAAGUCAAAUUUUUAGAAAAAUUUGAUUUGCUUGUGAUGUUUGCAAAUAUUCUCAAAUCACUUUAGUUUUAGAUUUAUUCUAGCUAAAUUACAAUAAAAUAUAGAAAGACUGUAAGCUUAAUCGGUAAGUUUUUACUAUUUCUCAACGCGGUGCGUUUUUUUAUAGCUACAGAACUCUCGGCCCUUUGAUGGUAGCCUUUUUAGUCACCGCUAACACUGUAUACUAGAUUUGUACUAGGAGAACAUCAUGAAGGAAAUCUUCUCCCUUGGUAGUGUGACAAUGAUGACGAAAAAAAAGCAAAAAAUUUAAUUGAAAUUGAAAAAGUAUUCAGUAUAAUCUAUAAUAAUUUAUGUAUUAAAUAAACUAAACGCCUUCACUAGCUAUCAAUACAUAACUACAUACCAAAACUAAAUUGCAAAAAUAACUUCUUCUGAAGAUACUCUCUCCAUUACUGAAGGUUGGCUAUAACUACAGCAAAUUGCUCUCUAUCUUGAGCGAUUCUUAGUAUCGAAUGUGUGUCCAUGCCUAUCCAGUCUAUUACAUUCUUCAGUCAGGAGCAUUUUCUUCUUCCUGGACUUCUUCUCCACUUUCCCUUCCAUUUCUCCUCUGUGAGAAAGACACAACUCUUUUCUCCAAAAGUAACUACCUACCUGAAAAGUGAUGUUUCGCUCUUCUAACUUCCGCGACCACAAACAGGACACCUAAAUGGAUUUUUACUACAGUAUUACGUAAUUGACCCUCAAACAUUAAAAAUAAAAUCUGCUUUUCACAUCAAAUAUGCUUGUUGGAAUACAGGUAAUAGAUUGACGAUGAAAACCAUUUUCUAUUUCAUAUUUAUCGAUACGCUCUGAUGCUUAUAUCUUCUUCAGGGGUUUGUUCCAUUCCAUUUCAUACUGCCAAGGAACUUUAAACGUAUCGUGUUUAAAGUUACUCAUUAGAAAAACUUACAUAUUCUCACAUAUUAUAAAGCUCAUAUACAUUGUUUCCAGUUGCUACUCAAAUCUUCCAUCAGAAGACCAACAGUUCUACCAUUAUUAAUAAUUAAGUUUACUUGGUGACACAUGGUUUUAUAAAAGUACUAUAUAUAAAGAGAUGUAUAUGUAUAAAUUAUAUGAAAUAGAGCAUAGAAUAUUUAUAAAAUAGAAAUUUAACUCGGUUUUCUUUAUACUGGCUUUGUUUCGUUUUGGAAUCGAACUUUUUUAUUGACGCUCCAAAAUCAAACAAAGCGCUUGCAGAUCUGCAGAUCAUUACCUGAAAGGAUAUUUCAUAAACAUCUACAGGGUUUUAUAUAUGAUAAAAUGAUUGUGUUUAAGUAUAAUCAAUUUUGGUAUCUUUAAUUUAUUUAUAGAUUUUCAUAAUAACACUGACCUUGCUAUCAAAAUUGCAUUUACGAAUUUCACAUUUUCACUCACUAAUAACAAUAAUUAAACUCUAACUGAUCAGUACCAAUCUGAACCCGAGCCUCCUGGGUGAAAGCUAGGCAUCCUAGCCACUAGACCAUUUUGGAUGUUGGGUAUUGAGACAAAUACUUGGCAUAUAAGUUUUAGUGCAACAGUAUUAAAAUAACUAUGGUUUUUGGAAAUAAUAAAACUCAAUGCAUCUGUAAAAGCUGUUGAAUAUUGCAUUGUCAUCUAGUUCUGAGCUAUUCUGAAAAUAUAAGAUCUGUAGCUAGUCGGGAAGUAUGUGUAAAAUCGAUUACAAGAUUUUUGGACACAGUGACACACAGACAGACAAAGAAUAAGUGUAGUAUAUAAAAAUGUUUUAAUAAUUGAAAUUAAAGGAGGAUUCCCGAUGUAUUUUCUAGAAUAGUAUAAGAAGCAGAUAUGUGAAUCCAUCCAGAACGAAACAGCAACAAAUAUCCCGUCAAGUAAAUAAAUUCUAAAAACUGAUUUCCUUGAGAUAAAGACCUUAGAUAAAGAGUCACAAAUGAGGAGUUUCUCAGGAGAAUGAAGAAGAACCGAGAGAUACCUACUGACCACCAUUAAAUCUCGAGAGUUACAAUACUUCAGAGAAGCGAGGUUCAGGAAGAAUAACAUCCUAGUUAAAGGACCUCAGAACCAGUUUACACACCACAUCUGUGCAGCUUCUCCAUGAUUCUGGAUAAAGAUUGCCAUGAUGAUCGCCAACAUUCGUCACGUAUAGGCACAGAAAAAAGAAGAGUAUAGUCAACUUCUAGAAAUAUUGUUUCACAAGUGGGUUUAAUGUUUAAUAAUAAUAGAUCUUGUCUUGAAGAUCUACACAUCACUCAUGAUGUUCAAUAAAGCUGAAACAGUACAUGUAUGAUGUUGAUCUCCAAAGUUAUUUAAUGAUAUUUUACUCAUUUGUAAAUUAAUUUAAUAAUUAAGAUGUCUUUUUUAUCAAAAUCAUCACUUUCAUCAUCAUCAUAUCAUCAUUAUCCUCUUCAACAUGGAAAUAGAAGAUAGCUGUAAGUUUAUUAACCAUAUUCGUUUUCACAUUACUAUCAUUUCUUUUAACAUUUUACACUUUUUCUAUAUAGGUCAUACUAUAACACAUUGUGAUAUCCUAUAUAAAUCUUCCCAACCUUUUUAUACUAAUGUUAAAGAAUAGAAUCAGAUUAAAGCUUUUAAAUCAUUAUAGCAGACACGUACUCUCAAAAAAUAGGCAGUUAUUCAAUGUUUAUGCAAUAUUUUUUCUGAAAUGCCAGAAUACAUAAGUCUACUUUAAGGUUAGAUUAUAGAGUUUUGGAGAUAUUAUCCGUUGUCAAAAGACUAAUUUUAUAAUUCUGAACUUCAUGUCAACUGAAAUACUUUUUAAUCGUAAAUAAAUUAAACAUUCAAACACUGAACCACGUAAUUCAGCCCGUGAAAUCUUCCACAACAAUUUGUUUUGGUCCUUCGAGCCCGAUAUCUAACCUGUCAAAAUGACAUUUUUAUAAUAUUAAUUCUUCUAUCAUUAUGCCACUAAUCACCUUUGGAGUGCACCUGAACAGUAUUUUUUGAAAAACUUAUAAAAACAGUGACAGUGAUUUUACCACGGACAAAAUAAUUAACACUUUAAAACUAACCUUGCCGGGAGUGUUCCGUUUCCAGAAAUUUUUGAAAACGCCAAAUCUCUCGAAUCCCUAAUCCAUAGAAAUCGACCCUUUAUCGAACAACCCAUCUCAUCCUUUCCCCUACAUCUGUUUUGGUAAGACUCUUGAUACUUGUUUUAUGUUCAUAUAUAGAACAAGGCCCCUUUGGCAUGACGCUAUCUUUUAUUUUUUCCGCAAAUCACAUUCGAUUUAAACCCUUCAUUAUUUAUUUCUUGAGGCACUCUCUUUCCAACAUCCCCUCAUACGUCACGAUCCAACGAGCCAUUUAACCCCCACCAAAAAAGCGCCAAAAACGAGAAGAAUGGGCCAUAUAUUUUUUUUUUCAAAAUUUCCCUAGAAUCUGGGGAAAAUUGAUUUUCUCUCUCGCUCUAACACAUUGGUUCUUAUAGAACGCGCUGUUGCCAGAUUCUGUGAAAUAUCCAGUUUUUCAGAAAUAUAAUUUUUUGUUAUAUUAUAGUUUCGGUUGACAUAAAGUGACAUCGUCUCCUUGGAUUUAACCCAGUGUUACUAAAAUUACUGUUAAUUCGACGUUAACAUCACACUUUGAUAUAUUAUCAGUCAGUGAAUUAAGUAAUGAACAUUUUUGUAUAGCAUUUUUACCUGUAGACUAGAUUUAAGAAUUUGACAAAAGUUAAUAUCUUAAUACGUAUUUCGAGGGCUAUAUACCUAGUUGAGACUAUCUAACGAUCAAAUCAAGUAUACGUUUAAAUAACGCAAAGUCUACUUUGUCUUAGUAAGGUAUUAGUUGUAGUUGUAGGAAUGUUGGUAAGUAAAUAAAGAAGAAAAAGUUCAAACUAAAUAAUAGUACCUAAUAGUUUGCCAGAACAUUUUUAAUCUAUAUUAACUCCAAAGAAUGAAAAGUCUUUAUGUAACUAUCAGAACUAGUUUUAUCAUCAAUUUCGUGUGCUGUACUUUUAAUAUUGAAAACGUUAUAAACCGACAUGUAGUAGUAGAAGUAAUAAAAAACCAUAUCAUCUGAUAAAGAAAGAACAAAAAAUAACUCAGAUUAACAAAAUUCGAACACACCUAUACAAAAUACUAAUAUGUACUGUUGAAACUCAAUAAAUAUAUUAAAUAAAAUUUUGUGAAAAAAUAUACAUGGAAGACGAAAGUUUUGGUAUAGUUUGUAUAAACACAAAACUUCUAUAUUUACUGGCUAACUUUCUUUAACAGACAGUAGUACUUACACAACCAUUUGCUAAAAAUAGUAAUACCGUAGAGUUUUUGCAUUAAAAAUGAUUGCAAUUUUUUAUACAUAGUCGCUACUUUUUUGACCAGCUAAUAUUUUGGAAUACAUGUUAAGCGAAACGGCUAAAAAUGCGAACAAUGGUUGUUAGGUAGUAUCUGACUAUUGUUAUAACAUGUAAGGCACUGCUAUUUUUAUGUUUCUUUUAAAUGUUAACUGUUAGAUCAGGUAUACGUAUUAAUUUAAACGACUUUUUUACUCUUUGUGAAUAUUUUAAUAAUUGAUCUUUUAUGUGUUUAUUUAGAUUUUUAAUUGCGUAUGAAAUACGGUUUUUAUAUGAAUUUUUAUAUUGUAUAGAAAAAAAUAUAAAAUUAGAAAUUAGUAGAGUAACAGUCUGAUGAACAUAUGCUACCGUUUUGUAUGAAUCGUUUAAUUAUAUGCUUUUAAUAGAUCCAAAUAGUCCAAAAUUUGAAAAAAUUCUUCUGUUAUGACAAAACGUAGAAAAAAGUAAAACCUAAAUUACUGCAGGCAAACAUUCUCUUCUUGGUUAAGCGCUUGGUGGAAAAACUUUCAAAUCUUUUGAAAUCAAAUUGAAAAGUUAAGUAUUUACUUAAUAUUUGGUAUAUAUCUUUUGCAACAUGGGCUUUUAACAACAGCGUAGUCCACAAACUUUGACUCAGUGAGCUAUGGAACGGAGAAUGCUCAACAUUAUUGAUGGCAAAUCCAAUGAAGAAAUAAGAAAAGGCGAUCAAAAAUACCAGAUGCGAUCCAGAAGAUUACCAUGUUAAAUUGGAACUGGGCAGGACACACAGGAAGACUGGAAAACAACCGUUGGAUGAAGCGAAUUCUUGAAUGGCGAACAAGGGCAAGUAAGAAAAGUAGAGGCAGACCUCAAACCAGAUGGACUGAUGACAUCAAGCUAAUGGCUGGCCACGAAUGGCAACAUUUUAUUUCUGUUCCCAAUUCAGAUUCAAUGUCAUCCAUAGGCCAUCACCAUCUUCAUAGAUUUAAAAAAACUGACUUUAAAAACUCCAGAACCAUAGCCCUCAUCCACUUCCAUAAACUAAGAAUUAUUCGAGAAGCCAUAGAUAUUGAAAAACGUCCGAAUUGUUUAAAUAAAAAAAAGAUCGCACCCGGUUGCUCUCGACAUGGAGACCUCUCCUAAAGAAAUCAUCGUUUUUUAACUGUGUUACUAAAUUGUCCUACACAUCCUUUUCCAUCGGUUUUCGUUAUAUUAAUAGCUUUUCUAUAUUGUUGGCACCAGUGGUAUAGUCAAAAAGUUAUUCAAAUUUUUCUGUAACACUACAUCUCAAUAUUGUUCUGAAGCUAUUUCGUUGUGACAUUUAUGUAAUUUAUUAUUUUAAAUGCGAAAUAAGCCACAAUUUAACUUAAAAAAUGAGUGUUAUUAAACGUCAACAAAAUCAUUUUAUAAGUUAAAUUGUGGUUUAUUUCCCAUUUAGAAUAAUAAACUACAUCUCAAAGGCGUCAAUUCUUCUAUCUGCCGUUCUAUCUUAAGAUAGUCAAUAUCUGAUACAACGCUGACUGAAAAUCACAUUAACUGAGAUAUAUUUUCUGUUCCAUAGAUAUUAUAAGAGAGAAAGAGAGAGAGAGAGAAAGAGAGAGAGAGAAAGAGAGAGAGAGAGAGAGAGAGAGAGAGAGACAAAAUCGCCAUAUUGGUAUGAAAAAAUAUUCUUUUACAGUUUCUAAUACCUCAAUGAUUUAAUAAAAAAAAUUCGUCGUCAUACAGUAUAAGACAGACCUUGAAAAUAGGUUUUUAACAACACCUAACCACAUAUAUAACACUAAAUUUUAGUAAUGUCAUAUAAAAAAAUAAUUCCUUAACUAGUAUUUAUCAAGAAUUAUUGAUAAAUUACUUUAAAUUUGAAUAUUACCUAAUUGAUACACGUGAUAAUAAUUAUUAUUCAUGAAGUAUUUGUCAUUGUCAUUUGUCAAUGUCACUGGUCAUUUGUCAUUGUCACUUGUCAUUUGUCUUGUAAUUUGUCAUUGUCUUUGUCAUUGUCAUGAGUGUCAUCUGUCAGAUGAUUAAUACAUCGCGGUAGACAUAAAUUCGCCGGACUCUAAUGUGCGUUACAUGAUUGUAAAAUAGCCGUUCUUGUAAAAUUGAGGGUUGGCAUGGGGUAAUGGUAUAGUUAUUGUUAAAUAUUAAUGGAUAAAAAAUGUUUCUUUAUUACAAAAUAAAUACUGUACAUUUUUAUUUAUUAGAUUCUCACUACUGGUGAAAAGUUUAAUUAGUUUCUAACACAUUUUUUGUUUACAUAUUUUAUUUCUGUUGGUUAUAAUCCUAAAAAUUUAAUUGUUAGUUUCAGAGCUAUCUCACGAUACAUAGGACCUUAAGUAUGGUAAUAUUCACCAACAAAACAUUAUUUUAUUUAGUAAUAAUCACAGUAUCUAUUAAUUCUAUUCACGUAUAUAAAAUCAGCUCCAUGCUCAGUUAAAAUGAGCAUUUUGAAUAUGCAUAGACCGAUAUCAAAAAUAUUUUUUUUAAUUUGUCAGUAAAUGUCUCAAAUUUUAGAAACUCUUCAGCUAAAAUCUAAUUUUUGUUAUAAUGUAAAGUCGAAGAAGAAAAAAGAAAACAAAAAAUUGUCUAUUUGAUGCAACGUACUUUUUUUUUAAUUUUGUUGGUAUAUUUAAAAUCUAUAUCUAAUCAAACUAGCACUGCCUUUUAUCUUAUUGUGAAUAUAUCGAUAUACAUAGAAUAUAAGGAGUAUUCUUAAAGUACCUACAUAUAUUUUAAACUAAGAUUUUAAAUUAUAAUCAACUUCUAAAUGAUACUUAAACCAUACUUUAUUUACAGCAUGACAAGGAAAAACGUGCUUAAACAAUUACAUUUGAAUACAUUAUGAUCCUCGCUUUCAUAGCCAGUAGUUUACUCAAUUUUAUCCUGCAUUUCACUAAAUCAUCAUCAUCAUCUCCCGUAGAUAAUUCCAUUGCAUCCCAUAUUGAGCACCCUCAAUCAAGUUGUCCUGGAUGUCUGAUGUCGUCCGACUACUUUGUUGGAGUGGAGGACGUCCUCGAUUACGGUAAGCAUCGUGUCUAGGUCUCCUUUCUAAAAUGUUCUUUGUCCAUCUUCCAUUUUUGAAUCUAGCAACAUGUUUCACUAAAUAUGUGACAUCAAAUACACUCAUUAUAUCGAUAUAUUUAAAAAUUUUAAACAACUGGUUCGUACAAUCCAAAUUCUGGGGAUUGUGUACUCAAGUGACUGAAAGAAUAGUACAAAGUACACCCAAGUCGUGAGUUAGCUUUUAGACUAUUUAAUUUUGUUAAUAUUUUUGUUGGCACUGCUCGCAAAGUAAGUAUUUAUAGUUAUAGAAUCCUAACUGUAUAUUUUGUAUUUACUCUAGGUUUUUUUUGUAAUUAAAGUGCAAUUUUUUAGAUACAGUGACAAAAAUAUUUACAAAUGUAUUCAAUUGUUUUCUGCACCAGUAGAAAUUAUAUAUAUAUUUUUUGUAAUCAA